AUGAAGACCGUGCUCCUCGUCCUCUUGCUGGGACUCCAGCAGCCGACUUGGGCCAGCAAGCUGAUGCACUCGUACCACCAUGCGGACACAUCGGCGACCCUGCCGGAGACCGGCGAAGCACUCCAGGAGGAUGACGAGCAGAGUGAGGAGUCCUUCGUGGCGAGCAGCUACUUUCAUGAAAGCGACGAUACAGUGAUGCUGCAGGAGGAGAUGCAAGACGAUCUCCAGCAAAGUACCGGGGCUAUGGCUGUACUGGCACAGGCGGAGCGCCUUUCAGCCGAAUCCCGCCACCGAAGCCUGCAAAAGAUUGAAGCUCGGAUGCACGCCGCGGCAGGCGAGAACGGCGUCCUGGUGGUGUCCAGCCUCAGUGCUGAGCGAAACCCUUGCGAGGGAGUCGGCUAUCUGAGCAACACCUUCGUCCACUUGAACCACAAGGAAGCCACCUUCGUGUGCAUCCCGUGCUCGUCGGCUUGCAAAGGCGAUUGUUUUGGACCGGGCGUGGAAGGCUGCGGAGAGCUGGCAGAGCCCAACGCCAAGAGCCGACGGCAGCCCGCUACGCUUCUCCUGGAGGAAGGCAACAGGCCGUUCUCCCACAGCUUCCACGAGGCCUUCCUGCAGCAUUCCGCGGGGACGACGGACAUUAACGUUUCUGACACACUGACUGAUGACGUGUUGACGUGCAUCGCUGACGGGACGUGCUCUGUCUCUACGCUGGGUCUCACCGAAAGUGAUGGGCCGCUGCAGUACAACGGAACCACCGCCGUGAUCACUGUCAUGAAUGCGGAAGGGGCCGACACAGUUGACAUCUCGCAAUUCCCUUCUGGUCUCCAAAGGGCUUGGGACGCAGCAGUCAAGCGAGUCGGAUUGAUCCCAUAUUUGCGCGAGGAUAUCGACUCGGAUGACGAGCCGGAGGAGGUCCCCGUGGUAGAUGAGGCAAAAGAUGAUGGUGUGCUGCACAGCGACCCCGCUGUCGUCGUGGCGACGAGUCUGCUACAGGAGGACGAUGGCGAGUACGUGGAGACCCAUCAACAAGCAAAGUGCGGAAACUGGUCAAACCGCACAUUGGACCUGCCCACGUUCAACAGAGUGCUGCAAGGAAAGUUCAAGGACACGGCUAACAUCGAGGCGAAGAAGGCGGCGAGGGCUUAUGCCAAGACCUUCAUCAAGACCUGGCUGAACGAGCAGGACGGACCGUGCAUCGAUGCCAUCGAUUCGAUGAUUGGCGUGAUGCAACGACUCAGCCACUGCUAUGAGCAAUUGACUGCGGUGAAGAAUCCGAUCUGUGAAGCAAAGACCCACUACGUGAACGUCCGCGACAGCCUGAACGCCAUCCACACGACAUCCGGGAGCAUCAAGAGUUUGGCCGACAAGUUCGCCAGCUUUCCGAAAGUCGGCGACUUUGCAAAAAGCGUUUCGACCACCUUCAAGUCAAUUCAAGAUCGCACUAAAGACCCGCUGAAGAAGGUGAAGGAGUUCAAGAAGUCGGAGUACGGAGACAAGUUUGAGGUCAUGGACUGCUGCAUUCCCUGGUUCCUACUGUCGAAGGACGACCUAGACAAGUGCAACUUGCAUCCAGGAAAGAGUCACCGGUGUGGAGGAUGCGAUAGUGGCCUGAUGUGCAACGUUUACAAAACUUGCAAUGCCUUCACGAAGACGGAGUUGAUGAUCGACGAUUACGGAAAGAUCAUCAUGCUGCCCUUGAUCAGUUCGAUCGCAUUGUUUUUGCAAGAUCAUGGCACCUUCGCGUCUUGUGGAUUCAGCACUUGUGACCAGAUCAAAAAGGUGACGGACCACAUCCAGCAGAAGUUUGAAGUCAGUUUUCUUAACCAGUGCCCACUUACAUUGAUCGACUUCGACUUCCCAAAGCCCGACUUCCUGGUCGCAGUUGGCAAAGUCAUGGACAGUCUUCAGGACGUCUUGAACACGGUCGAGAGGACCAUGAACAAGGAGCAUUGCAUCGAGUACGACUGGCCCAAAUCCGAGAUUCGACACGCAUGCUCGCGGGUGUGUGUCAAGACCCCCAGAAAUGGUCGCCGCCGCCGAUGGUCUGGCAUCAGGUGGAAGAAGUCGUGUGCCAGGACAUGCGUCCCGUACACACACUUCUGGUUGGAGACAAAGCGACAUUGCUUCAGCGCGAAGAAAAUCCUGGAUGGUAUCUCUGGCGCACUGCAGGCCGCGUUUGGGCCCAUCUUGAAAAUCAUCCAGGACGCCAUUGACGCGAUUCUGAAACCGGUGCAGAACAUACUGGCUGGGAUUGUGGACGAGAUCACGAAGCCGUUGGAGAAAAUGAAGCUUGAUCUGCCUUGGCCGACGAUCGGAGACAUGAUUCCAGAAAUCCCGGGCAUCAUCGACCUGCAGUGUGGUGACAUGCUUAACCUGGCCCGCUGA